GGGCAUUCACUUGGCCACGAAGUCCAAGCAUCCAUUCUUCGGACGGAGGUCGGAGGUGGCACCGACGGGACAUUCGACAUCUUCGCCGACGAAGGAAGCAAAAGUGGCUAGAUAACGAUGGCGCUGCGGACAUACACGCAGCUGCAGCACAGUUCUCCUAAGCUUGUACCAGCUCGCAUCCUCCCAUGGGAUGCUGGACAAUGUUCAACUCAACACACCGUGCGCACACUCGUCGAGAUGUGUGUGCAAGCAUUGGUUGUCGCAGAUGGAUCUCCCCUGCGCAAAGUCGACGCGCUCUUCCCGUACGUGUCUUCGUUAGAGGCAUACUACGUCCUGGACUCAUGCUCCUCGUUGCACGGCGUAGACGGCUCCCCGAAGAACUCGCUCAAUCGUUGCUGGCGGCCUUGGUUGCCCACGGGAAGGUCACUGACGAUCGUUUGUCGGCGUUCCUGUCCAUCUCGCGUCGAGUGAUUCGUCUCGGUGGGUGUGGCGGCAUUCGCAAGUCGGUGCUUCGACAGAUUCCGUUCCGGUGUCCACAUCUCGCAUACCUGGACCUGUCGAACUGCAUCCAAGUGAGCAACACUGUUGUGCGCGAUAUCUUGCAAGGAUGCACGACGCUGCAGCAACUUCGGCUCGACAACUGCCGCCACAUCACGGACGCGGCGUUCCAGCCGGACCAGUCCUUGUUUUACCCGCUUCGGGCGUGUCUGUCGCUCAGGGUGCUGAGCCUGGCGGGAUGCUCGCAACUCACGCACUGCCUCAUCCUGUACCUGCUCAAAGCGUACCGGUCGUUGGACGAGCUCAACUUUUCUCGUUGCAAGCGCAUCACGAGCGAGUCGGUUCGACUUGUUCUGACGUCGGCCAUGCACUUGCGCCUCCGCGUGCUCAACGUGUCAUUCACAGACAUCACGGACGACGCGUUUCUGGCCGUGAUGUCGCUGUCCCAGUUGCAAGAAGUCGACCUGGGACAAUGCAAAAUCACGGAUGCCGCGCUUUUCUCGCUGGCUCGGCACUGCUCGAGCUUGGAAGUAGUGCGGCUGCGUUGGUGCAGCCAAGUGACGGACGCGGGCAUCAUGCGCCUUGCAUCGUCGUGUCUUCAGCUUCGAGCGCUCGACUUGAACAACUGCGGCCUCGUCACGGAUCUGUCGCUCGCGGCGUUGCGAGCAUGUCCUCGACUGGAACGGCUCAACGUGGCGUGGUGUGUCAACAUUACGGACUCGGGCGUUGCCGAUCUGGCCCGCGGAUGCCGUGCGCUCCAAGAAGCGACUUUCACCUAUUGCACCCAACUCACGGACGCGGCCCUCGGCAGCCUCGUACAGAGCUGUCCGCGUUUGAAAUGCCUCCACUUGACAGGUUGCACUGGAAUCACGGCCGCCGCUAUCGCCGCCAUGCCGUUCCAAGCGGUCACGUCCAUGGGCCAGGCGUAGUAGUCGACGGCGCCACAUUCCAGCAAGAUCAAUGCAACCCCCGUCUUAUUUA